AUGCCACUCUGGGAUGCCACUCUGGCACUCAGUACUAGUUGUGUCGGCAUCGCCAAGCGGCAACUGCCUGAAGUUGACGCAACGCAACGCAACGUCUUGGGAGCUGUUUCUCUAUUUUUCAUCCCGAUGACUCCGCAUGAGAUGCCAAGAGCAGGCCGUUUUCCCAGCCCCGUCAAUCAAAACAACAUCCGGCCAGAAUGCUUGCUACUCCUGCCUCUCAACCCUGUAGCAAAUCCGGAAUAUUGUUGCAAUUAA